CGAGCCUCGCUGAACCCCGCGGCCCGCUUCCCCCCGCAGGCUCCGGACGAGGAGGCGGGUCAGUCGCCGCCGCCGCGUCCCGGGCAGCGGGAGAGCUGGGCGCCGGCCUGCUUGGCGGCCGAGGCGGAGCCGGAGGAGGAGGAAGCGGGCAGCUCCUGCCCGCCGGGGGCUCCCGACUCCGAGGACGAGACGAGCGGCGGCGGCGGCAGCAGCGAUGGCGAGGAGAGCGGCGGCGACGUCUACUUCUACUACACGGUGGACGAGCGCUGGAUCGACUACCUGGAGCGGACGGAGGGCGGCGGCCUCAUCCGGCACACGCGGCCCAAGAUGAAGCGCAAGUCAGAGAGCGGCCCUGAUGGCAGAGCCCAGUCGCCUGGCAAGAAGCUGUGCAAGGGCUCCGAGAGGGGCAGAGUGCUGGGCCCCUGUGUCGCUAGCCCCACGGCCACCUUUGGGGAUUUGCGGAACGCCAAGGCAGGCCAGGCGCGCUGCCGGCAUGUCCCCCCAAUGACACCACCCCCUGAGCUGCAGGACUGGCUGCGCACUUUCCAGCGCUGGAGCGGCCCAGAGAAGCUGCUGGCUCUGGACGAGCUCAUUGACCGCUGUGAGCCUCCUCAGAUCAAGCACAUGAUGCAAGUGAUCGAGCCCCAAUUCCAGCGUGAUUUCAUAUCACUGCUGCCCAAAGAGUUGGCGCUCUAUGUGCUCUCGUUCCUGGAGCCGCGGGACCUGCUCCGGGCGGCGCAGACCUGUCGCUACUGGCGGAUUUUGGCUGAGGACAACCUGUUGUGGCGGGAGAAGUGCCGCGAUGCAGGUAUCGAGGAGCCCCUGAGUCUGCGCAAGCGCCGGCUGCUCAGCCCAGGCUUCAUGUACAGCCCCUGGAAACUGGCCUUCCUGCGGCAGCACCGAAUCGACAUGAACUGGCGUGGCGGGGAUGCCCGCCCCCCCAAGGUUCUGAAGGGCCACGAUGACCAUGUCAUCACCUGCCUCCAGUUUUGCGGCAACCGCAUUGUGAGCGGCUCAGAUGACAACACGCUCAAGGUGUGGUCGGCUGUCACCGGGGAGUGCGUUCAGACCCUGGUGGGGCACACGGGGGGCGUCUGGUCUUCCCAGAUGAGGGACAACAUCGUCAUCAGCGGCUCAACAGACCGCACCCUCAAGGUGUGGAACGCGGACACGGGCGAGUGUGUGCACACCCUCUACGGGCACACCUCCACCGUGCGCUGCAUGCACCUCCACGGCAGCAGGGUGGUGAGUGGGUCCCGGGACGCCACCCUCCGCCUCUGGGACAUUGAGACAGGGCAGUGCCUGCACGUGCUGAUGGGCCACGUGGCCGCCGUCCGCUGCGUCCAGUACGACGGGCACAAGGUGGUGAGUGGCGCCUACGACUACACGGUCAAGGUCUGGGACCCCGAGACGGAGAGCUGCAUCCAUACCUUGCAAGGCCACACCAAUCGCGUCUACUCCCUGCAGUUUGAUGGGACCCACAUUGUGAGCGGCUCCCUGGACACCUCGAUCCGCGUGUGGGACGCCGAGAGCGGCAACUGCCUGCACACGUUGAUGGGGCACCAGUCCCUGACCAGCGGCAUGGAGCUGCGCGACAACAUCCUGGUCUCUGGCAACGCCGACUCCACGGUCAAGAUCUGGGACAUCAAGACGGGCCAGUGUCUGCAGACCUUGCAAGGGCCCAGCAAGCACCAGAGUGCCGUCACCUGCCUCCAGUUCAGCUCCAAGUUUGUGGUGACCAGCUCAGACGACGGCACCGUCAAGCUGUGGGACCUCAAGACGGGCGAGUUUGUGCGCAACCUGGUGGCGCUGGAGAGUGGCGGCAGCGGGGGGGUGGUCUGGCGCAUCCGGGCCUCCAACACAAAGCUGGUGUGUGCCGUGGGGAGCCGCAACGGGACCGAGGAGACCAAGCUGCUUGUUUUGGAUUUUGACGUGGACCUGAAAUGAGGAGGAGGGCUGGACUGGCAGGGGGGGCCUGCGGGACGGGCAUCCCCCCCGGCGCGAGUGAGUGGUGCCUGGCCGCGCACCUUAUUUAUAGCUUGGCUGCAGGGCGCUGGGCGGCUGGCAGAGCGGCAGAGCACCCAAGUCUGCUUUUUGUACACACUAAUAAUAUAUCACUUUAUUUCUGUA